AUGGGAUCAACAUCUACAAAAGGCACGGCAAACUCCCCACCAUUGACCACGUCGGCUCCUGGGAGUAACGAACAGGAGCUCAUCUCCAUGAGUACCCCCGGAGAUUCUGCUUAUCGUCUUCUAUCGAAGGAGGUAUUUAACCCAGCUUCCAUUUCCGUUGAAGAUGGCUACAAUGAGAAAUAUCUCGAGCCCACGAGAGCGACGCUCAAAGAAAUACCAGAUCUUCUCUACAAGGAACUUGAAAUCAUGUUUUUCGAGCAUUCCGCGGAACAGAUACGGAUGUAUUCAGAUCUCAAGAUUGGAUGGCGUGCAGACCACUGCAUGAAAACGGUCAACACACCACGUCUAUCAAAGCCUAUGGUUGGACCCUAUCAUCUUGACGACUGGUCAAAUAAGGAAGUAAUGGUCUAUUUCGAACAUAGGGCAGUUGGCAAUUUCGAUAGUCAAAAGAUCGCCCGGUAUAUAUUCCGAGAGUGGCUACGACUCCACAACCGUGGACCAGUCUUCCAGCGCGGUGGCUUUUUCGGCAAACCCUUACUCUUGCAAGAGAACGGUCCUCAAAAUCUCGAACAGCUGUCAAUAUUUCAUGCCGACCUGUCUCAAUACGUGUCCACUCAUGUAGAGCACUUGGUGAAGUUUAAGCGUGGGAGAAACUGGUGUUCGAGUUAUCCUGGAGAAGAGCCGCCUAAGGAUGAAAGCCCAGGCGACAUACGAACUUGGCGAGAGCAUGGUUACCACAUGUCUCAUCUGUUCCGCGCCCUGUAUCUGGUUGUUGAUAAGCCACCGUUGCCAGAUACUACAGGCCCAUAUUAUGAACCGCCAGGGUUGAAAGGCUAUGACAGGAUUCACAAAUUGGAUCAUCGAGUGGAGAAGCAGUUAAAACCGUGUACAGUUCUUCUCGUCAAAACAGGGGAUGAUGCACAUCUGUCUUCACCCAUCAGUUUUUUCCACUCUUCGAGGCAGGGCUACCAUCCAAUGUGA